AUGUGCCACAACACCUCUGAUGCAAUUUCCAUGCGGUAUCAGAGGGCCCCGCUUCGAGAGGGGCGAGGCAUGGAUACGCUAGAGGGGGCCAGUGCUGGGCCGCGGGCUAUUGUCGCGACAGCACAGUCUCGACAGCGUCAAGUAAGACAACGGCGUCUGGGCGACUUCUUUCCUAUCGUCACAGGCGUCGCGAAGGCCAAGCAAACGCGGAACCGGUUCAGAGCGGACCGCCGAAAGCGGCUCAUGCAACUCCGAGAAGAAGAAAGGGUGGUCAUGGACCCGCUGGGCGUUCGAUCCACAGGACUGCAUCCUACAGACCAAACGUUUGGCUGCGUUACGCAAAAUGUGAAUGGUUUUGGAGCUCGGGCCUCCGACAGGGACGCCUGGUUCCGCAGUCUCAGAACGCAAAGUGAUCAUGGAAGGAAUGGAGUUAUUCUCCUCCAGGAAACGCACGUGGAAGGGCCAGAAGUAGUGAAGUUCACGGACUUAUUUGCCUCUGGUUGGGGUUUCCGCACCGGUCCUCAGUGCCCCACCAGGUCCUUCUGGUCGCCAGCACUAGGAAAAAAAGCUGGUGUCGCGAUCUUGGUAGACCCUUACGGGGAGUUCAAGGACGUGACACCAUGCCUAGAGGAUCAGUGGAGCCAGCAUUUCAUGGCGGUCAGAGGACACCUAAAUGGUCGCCCGCUGGUCGUCAUCAACGUGUACGCGCCUCAUCAGAUUCCCCAACGCGAGCGAUUCUUCCGUCGUUUAGCAACCAUAGAACUUCCGAGUGACGCGCUUGUUGCAGUGGGUGGCGAUUUCAACUGUACGCUGGACGAGGAGGCUGACCAAAGCUACACUACGCGCGCGGGGGCGCAUGAUUCUAUUGCUCUCAGAAAUCUGCUCGUGACAUGGGGCGUCAUCGAUCCGGUAGCAGCUGUCAGACCCAAGCAAUGGCGGCCGGAUCAACUUCGCCGCCACCAUACCGAGACGCACACCUAUCACUAUCCGGUGGCUGGUCAUGGGGACGCUUCAUCCCGCCUUGACCGCUGGUACGUCAACAGACUGCUACGUGCAUGGGUCGUCGGCUGGGAAGUCGUCGCCCCUGCGGUCUCAGCCGAUCACCACGCUGCCAAGUUGCAUUUACAGCAGCCGGACGACCCAGUCCGGGUACGCAAGGCGGCAACCGUACACCCACCUCCUCGUUUUGCUGAAGACUUAGUCAAACAACAUACGCAGGGACUGCUCCAACAGUUCCUGGAGCGCGUGUCGGCUGACGGAGUCGAGGCUGGGGAGAUGGCCAAGUGGUGGGGCUAA